CACGCCGGCCGGGGGCGCUCGCGCGGUCUUUAUGUUACAGUGUGUUCAGACGGAGGAUCCGGAGCAGCGCGGCGGGCUGUGUGUGUGUGAAGAUGCCUAAGUUUUACUGUGACUACUGUGAUACUUAUUUAACACAUGAUUCGCCAUCAGUAAGGAAGACUCACUGUAGCGGUCGCAAACACAAAGAAAAUGUUAAAGACUACUAUCAGAAGUGGAUGGAGGAGCAGGCGCAGAGCCUUAUAGACAAAACAACGGCUGCGUUCCAGCAGGGGAAAAUCCCACCUACGCCGUUCCCUGGUGCUCCUCCUCCUGGUGGAUCUCUCCUCCCACAUCCCAACAUCAGUGGACCUCCCCGGCCAGGCAUGCUACCAGCCCCUCCAAUGGGUGGUCCUCCAAUGAUGCCUAUGAUGGGACCCCCUCCACAUGCCAUGAUGCCUGGUGGUCCAGGACCAGUUAUGCGACCACCAAUGGGUGGACACAUGCAAAUGAUGCCUGGCCCACACAUGAUGAGACCUCCUGCUCGGCCAAUGAUGCUCUCCGUUAGACCCGGCAUGGCUCGUCCGGAUCGAUAGAAUGAACUGCUGUGCUGUUUGAUUGAUCUCCUCCUCCUCCUCCUUUCUCAAACAAAGACUCCACUAAAUAAUAAGUGCAGACGUCACACAGAGAUGGUUUAAAUGGAUUCUGCUUCCCAGGAAUCAGCAGCCACAUGUGAUUUAGUUUAUUUGUUUUAUAUUAUGAUAUUUUUAGUUUUUAUAUACACACACAUUUGGGUGGACGUUUUCUUCAAAACAGUGUCCAGCUGUGCUUCAUCCAGUUGGUAAUCAGUCAUCAGGUAGGAUAACAAAAAUUACAUACGAAACAAGUUAUUUGUCAACCCUUAGUGUUUUGUUUUUAUUGCCUUUUUUCAGUUUUGUACUUCAAAUUUAAGCUGAAACAUCAAACAAGUGACUGUUUCCAUGACUAUUUACAGCUGUAUAAUUUAACUCUCCCCCAAUAAAGUUUUGUACUGUUCCUGAAA